ACGGUAGUUUUUUUAAACUUUUGACCGUGUAGUUUGGUGGUAAUUAUAAGUGUUGGGUCUCAUUCACAGCAUCUGAUUACUGUUAGCUCUGCUGUUUCUGCACUGUUUUUGACUGACCAAAUUUCAGUACUCAUUAAUUUCAUUACCCCUCUCUCUCUCUCUCUCUCUUCCAUGAUUGAACAUUCUGCAACUCUCUUACUCUCCUUUUCUUCUCUUCCUCACUAAUUCACUGCUACCAUAAGCUACUCUACUCAACUCACUCCGAGUCACCAUGAAAACUCACCACCCUAAACUUAAAACCCAGCCACGUCCCUUCUUCUCUUGUGGUUUCUUUCGUCACUGCGCUCAAACCACUCUCAGUCCCACCACUCCUCAUCCUCCUCCUCUCCCUCUUUCCUCCGCUGCUCCACCACCUUUAUCUCCCUCUCCUCCGCCGCGCCCACAAGUGUUGCCGCUGCAACACCAAGCUCAACAACCCCUGCUUCUAAAAUCCCCACAACCUGAAUCCUCCUCCUCUUCCUCCUCCUCCACCACUACUUCUCAAAGCUUCACUCAGUGGAGAUUCCCAAUCGUAACCUCUCCUCUCCACUCACCCGAACCCUACCCACAACCCAUCCCAUUACCACCACCGCCUCCGCCAAUUAACGCCACCAAACUCCAAGAACUCUUCCAUGCAGCUGAGCUCCAGCUCAGCACUGGUUCCGACUUCGAAAAGCUCUCUGCUCUCAACCUCUUAGAACGAUCUUUAGUCCCCAACCCACCAUCAGACUCGGUCUGCCCACCCGAAUUAAUGCGUCGGGUGGUGGCCAGUUUGAAGAAUGAAGCGCAUGCAAAACCUGCUACUAAGGUUUUACUAGCUCUUUGUUUAGCUGAAGGCAACCGCCACUUGGCUGUUGAGGCUGGAGCUGUUGGGACCGUGAUCGAGGUGGUUAUGGAGCUUGAAGGGCCUGCGGCGGAGCGGGCAUUGGCCGCUUUAGAGCUGACUUCUACGGUGGCGGAAGGGGCUGCAGAGCUGCGUACUCAUGCAUUAGCCGUGCCGGUUAUGGUAACUAUGAUGGGUAAAAUGGCUGGAAGAGGAAAAGAGUAUGCUCUCAGUGCGCUUACUGUUGUUUAUAGCGGCGGUGGUGGUGCUGAAGACGCGGAUGAGCAGGUUCAGCACGCGCCGCCUGAAGAGGUGGCGCGUGCGGUUGUGCUGGCACUGCAAGGGGAUUGUACAGCGAGGGGAAAGAGGAAAGGGAAGCAGUUGUUGAAGGCUCUUGAAGAAUAUGGACGAUUAGAUGUAACCCAUGAUGGAAACGAAGGGUUGUGAUAUAUCUGAUUAGCAAUUCCUGUGUUGUAUAGGGACUUGUAGAGAUUGGGAGAAGCCCAAUUGCAUUGGUUAUGUGUUGUUGUAUUGGACCCUUGGUUCUUACGCAAAGCAAAAGGCCUACUGAGCCUGGGCUUGCUUAGUGCUUA